AUGUGCAAAUAUUCAAGUGGAUGUGGAACAAGCGAUUCUAAAAAUUGUAAGGCAUGUGGCACUGCAUUAUGCAAAGGUUGUUCAAGAUCAUUAAAGACUGGAAUUAUUGAAAGUAAAAUGUCCAAUUUUAAAGUUUUAGAAGAAAAAAAAAAAAGGAAAAUUUUCCUGGGAUUUAAAUUAAAAAAGGGAAUUAAGGUUUUUUUUUUUUUUUUUUUUUUUUUUUUUUUUUUUUUUUUAAUUUAA